UUUUUUUUUUAAAGUUUGGCCGGCACCCUGAUAGCCUUCCUGCCCGCGCUGCCUUUGAAGGACCUGCGAGCUGCCGGCCCAGGGCCUGGCCGGCGGGGGCCUGCGUGUCUCAAGACCAGCACCGGACAGUCGGGCGCUCGCAGGGUGCCGACCCACUCCGCAAAGCGGAAAUGUUCUCUUCUCAGGGCCCCAUGGACUCCAGAAGGACCAAGAGAAAAGCUGAGAAGACAGAGGUAGCUGAGCAUCAGAACAAACCACCCCACACGUCACCCUCCCUGCCCACAGAGCCUGCCCUCUACUCGGGACCCUUUCCUUUCUACCGGCGCCCUUCUGAACUCGGCUGCUUCUCCCUGGACACACAACGCCAAUACCACGGAGACGCCAGAGCCCUCCGCUACUACAGCCCACCCCCCACCAACGGCCCAGGCCCCAAUUUUGACCUCAGAGAUGGAUACCCCGACCAAUACCGUCCCCGGGACGAGGAGGUCCGAGAGGGGCUGGACCACCUGCUGCGCUGGCUUCUGGAACACCGAGGCCAGCUGGAGGGGGGUCCCGCCUGGCUGGCAGGGGCCAUAGUGACGUGGCGGGGGCAUCUGACAAAGUUGCUGACUACACCGUAUGAGCGGCAAGAGGGCUGGCAGCUGGCAGCGUCACGCUUCCAGGGGACACUGUACCUGAGCGAGGUGGAGACACCAGCUGCCCGGGCACAGAGGCUUGCUCGGCCGCCGCUCCUCCGGGAGCUUAUGUACAUGGGGUACAAGUUUGAGCAGUACAUGUGCGCAGACAAACCCGGAAGCUCCCCAGACCCCUCUGGGGAGGUUAACACCAACGUGGCCUUCUGCUCUGUGCUCCGUGGCCGCCUGGGAAGCCACCCUCUGCUCUUCUCAGGGGAAGUGGACUGCACAGACCCCCACACUCCAUCUUUACAGCCCCCUGCGUGCUACGUGGAGCUCAAGACAUCCAAGGAAAUGCACAGCCUGGGCCACUGGAGGAACUUCUACAGACACAAGCUCCUGAAGUGGUGGGCUCAGUCAUUCCUUCUGGGAGUCCCAAAUGUCGUUGCUGGCUUCCGUAACCCAGAGGGUUUCGUCUGUUCCCUCAAAACCUUUCCUACCAUGGAGAUGUUUGAAUACGUCAGGAAUGAUCGCGAUGGCUGGAAUCCUUCCGUGUGCAUGAACUUCUGUGCCGCCUUCCUGAGCUUUGCCCACAGCACUGUUGUCCAGGAUGACCCCAGGCUCGUCCAUCUCUUCUCCUGGGAGCCCGGUCACCCAGUUACCGUGUCUGUACACCGCGAUGCACCUUAUGCCUUCCUGCCUACCUGGUACGUGGAAGCCAUGACCUCGGACCUGCCAUCCCCCCCCAAGACACCGUCCCCCAAGGACUGACGCCCCUCUGUACACAGAUAAUAAACGUGUGUUUCUAAGUGUU